AUGACCCAGAAGUGGUUUGACGUAACAGAUAACUCCAAUAUUGGAAGAAAAGGGGUCCAUACUACGUUCUUGGACUUCAAAAAAGCAUUCGACCUUGUCGACCAUAGAAUUCUAUUAACAAAAUUAGCGGAAAUGAAUGUAUCGAAGGCCUUCUGGUCAUGGGUGAAGUGUUUCCUUACAGAGCGGAAUCAACAUGUGAAUUUACAUGGUGUUAUAUCUUCAAGCGCCCCCUGUCCAGCUGGAGUCCCGCAAGGCUCCGUUAUUUCUCCAACACUGUUCAAUAUUCAUAUCAAUGAUUUGGAAAACACGUUAACAAACAACCUUACAAACACGCACAAGUAUGCAGACGACUGCACUCUUGAUGAGGUCGUUGCAAACGGAGCCCUUUCAAAUAUGCAGGAAUCGACUAAUCAAGUGAUGAAUUGGGCCAAUGAUAAUAAAAUGAUGGUGAACCCCAAAAAAACUAAGGACAUGUGGAUCAGUUUUUCCCAAUCCUCUUCUGAACCCCCACCUAUACAAACGGAUGGAAUUGAAAUAGAAAGAGUAAACUCCUUCAAACUUCUCGGUGUAUGGGUGCAAAAUGAUUUAAAGUGGAAUACCCAUGUUUGUAAAAUAACAAAAAGAGCAAAUAAGCUAUUAUUCCUUCUCAGAGAGUGCAGGAAAUCCUUCCUACCACCCGAGAUUGGUUUAUUAACAUAUACGUCGAAGAUCCGGCCAAUACUUGAAUACGCCUCUCCAGUUUGGGGCGGAAUCCCUAAAUAUCUUGAAGCAGAAAUUGAACGUGUUCAACAAAGAAGCUUGAGAAUCCUAGGACUUGAGAAAGAUACCCUCCCUACACUAAAAGAAAGAAGGGACAAGGCAACAUGCAACGAGCUGAAAAGGAUCGUGGAAGUCCCAAAAAACCCAUGUAAUCGUUUCCUAUCUGGUAAUAAGAAUCACACUUACGAACUGAGCAGGACCAGAGACAGCACUCCAAGACAGCUCUCAAAAACACACAGGCAUAGUACGUCUUUUAUCCCAAGGGCGUGUAGAUUAACCAACUCAUGAAAUUAGAUUAUUGUACAUAUGUAUAUAAAAACUUCUUAAACUUUCUAAUUUUUACAUUCUCAUAGGUUAUACAUGUAUUUUAGUAUAUAUUUUUAACUUGUAAAUCCAUUGUAUUUCUAUAUGCCAAAGAUGGAUAUUUAACAAUAAAAUUUGUAAAAAUUUAAAAAAAAAAUAAUAAAAAAAUAAAAAUAAACGUCACCAGUCAACGAGGUAACGAAGGAAGUGGUUAUAAAGUAGAAUUUUCUCAGACGUAAUAUAGACUGGGUAUGCGCGUUAUGUAACUAUAUGCGUGCAUGUUUUGGGUUUACAAAUUGCAUCCUUUCCUUUCCUUUCCUACCAUUGACAAUUUCUUUUUUGUGUAGUUAGACAAACAGAAGUAUGACAUGGAAAGAGAUUUCAACAACCGAAUCAGAAAAACGCAAGAAGAUGUAAGUGUGUUAUUUUACAUACACUGACUUAUACCAAAGAUUUAAGAAAGAGGCUAUUUAUGGUCAACACAAGCUUAUCCAAACCGAGAAGAAGGUUAAGAGAACUCGAAGUACAGUACAGUACAGUAACAGUACAGUACAGUACAGUAGGUUCGACGCGUUUCCUUUCUUUUUGGAUAUUCGUAAUCGUAAAAUCGUUGGCCGGCUACUUCCCCCCACGUUUUGGGAUGUAUUUUCGCUUUGCUGUCAAUACCAUUUAACAGUAGCUUCAAGCUGGUUGGCUGAGCUAAGGGAGUAAUUCAAAUCCUCAUUACAAACGUACAUGUUUCAUUUGAAAAUAGACAGCGUUUUUAUCUGUGACUGUUCCAGGAUGCCCAUGGGGCCUUGAAAGUCCUGGAAAGUCCUUGAAUUUGAAAAAAAAUAAUUCAGGCCUGGAAAGUCACAGGUCCUUGACAGUCCUGUGAUUUUGAAUAAUCCGUGCCAUUUUCAAAGAUUUUUCCAGUUUUAGGUCCUUUAAGUAGAAACCCUGCUGUUCAUUCUACAGUAGAUGCAGACGUUUAUGAAAGAUGUCUAUGUAGAUUAACUUUCUUGUUGUAGAUGAUUGCUUCCUCUCAAAGAACGAUUGAUGACUAUAAAUCAAAGCAGAUGUCAAAAAAUAGAUCGCGAGAACUUGAAAACCAACGUUUGUUGGAUGAAGCUAUGAAGAAAAAGGUAUUCUACUGCAGAUUUUAAUAUACAGUCGAACCCCUAUAAGCGGACACCUCUCUUAAGCGGACACCUCUUUUAAGCGGACACAUAUCUCAGGUCCCAUUCGUUUUCUUUAAUAAAAUACUAUUAUCAUAACCCCUAUUAAGCGGACACCCCUCUUUAACGGAGGCGGACACCUUACUUGAGGUCCCAAUGGGCAAACCAACCUCUCUUAAGCGGACAGAUGACAGAUUGUCUGAUAAAAUGUAUUCAAUAUUCGACAGUAAAUAACAAUUGAGAUCAAUUUACAUGGCACAUUGAGAGUGACACACCAACUUGGGGCGAAGACUAUCAGAGCCAAGAUAUUUCCAACGUCAUUUUUACGUAAAUGACAUUAUAAUGGGCUAUCGUCUGCAUGAGCCUCGAAAGCAAACUUGUAUCGAUUCCUUUUUUAUAUGACUGUCACUACAGACUGUGAGAGACGUAUACAUUUUCUAAUGAACUUUUAUGCACAAAGAACUUUAAUUUUAUGCUAAUUAUUUGCUAGAUAUUUUUUACUGUUUUGAUACUCAAAUUACACACCUAAUUACACACCUUUGCCUCCUGCUGUGUUUUUCUACAUACCCCUUUUAAGCGGACACCCCUUUUAAGCGGACACUUAGGCGAGGUCCCGAAGGUGUCCGCUUAAUAGGGGUUCGACUGUAUCAUAUAAUGACAUUAUCACCUCGUUUUAGAUUGUUUAUUUAAGGUGGCUCUCCAAAAAAAUCAUGAGGAAUGACAGAACUUCUUAAUAACAUAUCACUUGGAAAAUUUCUCUGUAACAAUUCACAGGGCUCGUUAAUAUUUUUAGUGCCUCCAAACAACUUUCAUAGCUUCAAAAUGUGCCAUAUUUUAGGUUUUGAGAGCUAAAUAUUAUUAAAAUGCCAGUGUUUUAAAAUGUGCCUGCACAAAUUCAUAAGGUGCCAGCGAGCCUUGUUUGAUCUUCACUCAAAUGCACAAAGUUUGGUUGAUGCUAUUGUCUCUGAUGUAGUUGUCAUCUGUUUUAGGAAAAAGAUGUAAUUCCUGAUUCUGAAAAAGAUGGAAUGAUAAGAAAGUUACAACAGAUAGAAAUCAAACUGACUGCGGAGAUUGCCAGGUGUAUAUGCAGCGUCUUCGUAUUUUUUCUUCUGUCAUUUGCGUAUUUGCAUGAUGUUAUUUAGCAAUAUUAGGAGUUAGGGUUGACCGUUGACCUGUUAUGUUUAGCUAAUAAUUCCAGGUAUCAUUCCAGGUCAUUUCGUACUCCCGUCAUUUCCAAGUUUGAGUACGAAACGAGCAAGCCUGAGUAAGAAAUGACUAAGCCUGAGUACGAAACGAAAAGAAUACGAAAUGAGUAUGAAACGACCAUAAACCAUGAUUCCAUAUUACGCUCUGAAAUUUAAAGUAUACUUCAGUAAAAUGUGAACGAAUGAAGAGACAAAUGAAUGGUAGUAUUACCAGAAAAUGUAGAUAAAUCUAAAACCGCCUGGUGGCAUGGCAGUGAUUAUACAGUAUAAUAAUUUAUAUAACAGUACAUAUUUCAGUUUCAGUCUUGCAUGAGUUUCCACACUAAAGUUAGCUGCUUUUAGAUGAAAUUAUAACCUUGGUCCUUGGGCUUAUAAACGAUUAUCUUUUUCCAAGCCUACGAAAAGAACUUGAACGUACAAACAGGACAUGGGAAAUGAAAGUCACCAUUCUAAAACAAAGGUACAAAACUAUAUAUAUAUAUAUAUAUAUAUAUAUAUAUAUAUAUAUAUAUAUAUAUAUAUAUAUAUAUAUAUAUAUAUAUAUAUAUAUAUAUAUAUAUAUAUAUAUAUAUAUAUAUAUAUAUAUAUAUAUAUACAAGUUUUCUCAAUAUGAAGUGUUCCACUGAUUUCAGUGAGUGCAAUUUUGUAUAGUGACAUUAGUUUAGAGCUCAUUAAGUAAGGAUUCUCCAUUUAUUUGGAAGUUUGAAAGGUUAUAGAUGGUAUUAAAUCAGCCAUGUUGUUAUAGGAUUUGGUCCAGGCUGUAUUCAGUCGAUGUAUUACAAGAGGUUUUGCCUGUUUCCUUGAAUUUGUGUAUAGAGUCACCUCGGAUCAUAUAUAAGACUUAUACUGGCAUUUAACAGAAGCACGAAGUGUUGAAACGUUUUUCGUCCUUUUUAUUUGCAGUAUACAUGCACUUAAAGACGAAGCAUUUUUACGAGCAACUUUACAAAAACAAGCCGCACAAUUACACCAUGCUUCUGUUACAUACGCGGUAAGUACAUAAUAUACAUACUGUAAGUAUAAAGGCUUCUAACAAGACAUUGGGAAAAUAUUUGCGAAAUAUUUGAGUACAUACGUAUAAUUAUAGGGCGUAUGUUUCCAUGAUCAAUUGAUUUCUUAUCUUUCUUGUUGAACUACGCUAUGGGAACACAUUGCCAUACAUAUGUGACAGGUUUCAAAAUCACAUGUAAUUGAGGGUAUCGUACAAUAAAUAAAAUGCAUCUACAUCUUUUUGUGCAGAGUGAUGGACCAUUAAUUAUUCCUCGAGAUCCCAUUCCACUAAACAAGAGAUACCGGAUAAUUGUAAGUUCUGCAUUUACGUCGCAAUGAAAAAACGUAUGUUUUAACCUAGAAUUUUAUCCUUAAAGCAUGACCAUGUGACAAGCAUUUCAUAAUCAUGACUAAAUUGCAAAAGCCAUACCAUAAUCUCUUUAUUAAAACCCCUUUCUAACAAGCCGCCACCUUUUUAGAUGAAGAGAUUUUUUAACCCCCCAUUACCCCUAUUAAGUCCGCCCUCUACUUGCACAAAAGCAAAUUUAUUGUAGAUUUUCCGACUGUCUUUCGCACCAAUUUGUUUAUAUAAAUAAAAUAAUAAUCAUUUUACAGAUAAAUAAGUGCCCCUCUUCGCCCGUCCUCUGCGAUAAGCUCUUCCCCCUCCCUCCAAGAUGCCGGCCUGAAAAAAGAAACCAUCCUGAAAGCUCAAUAGAGAGAUAACGGUACUCCGCGGUUGGUUAUAAUGUUUAUUAUGCAGAAAAUUUAAUUAUUAGCAACUUAUUUUAUUUAGCCUCCACGUUUCUUUGGUGGAGAAAAGACGAGCGGUAUACAAGGUUAGUGCGUUGCGUUGUGCUAGAACUCGCAAUCACUGGUUUUCUAUUAGAUCAGUGCUCACAAUCGUCUACGGCCACACCUAUAUGAUAAAGUUUAGAAUGUUUGUAAUUCUAUAGUCCCGAGGGGUCUGGGGUAAUUUGAUACCCCACCCUCGCUCCCAUGCAGAUUCGCAAUUUUAUAGCUUUUACUGCAUGCCUUUCAUUGAAAUGGACCGGACGGCAAUGAGUUAAACAUGGUACAUAACAUGUGUGUUCAUGUUUUUGUUCAUGGUUUUUCUUGUAUUGUGAAACGAAUUCCAUUCUGUGUGUUUGUUUCCCAUGCAUAUAGAAAAAAAUUUCCAUGUCACAAAUUUAACCCAGACGACUUCAAUUUUACUGCACUUAAACUUUUGAUAAGAUGAUUGAGUUUCAAAACUCGAUUCAAGAUUGAGUAAGAUUACUGAACUACCUUCCUUCUUGUUUUGAAUAGAUACACCACCACGAUCGGCAGAUACCUCCAACAAAGAAAGAUCUGAUUGUUUGAGGUUAGUCCGUUUUUAGUCUAUUUGCAUUUACUACACGAUAAUAUAUACGUGAAAAAAGUCUGAGAUUAGUGGCGUACUUUUCAAAUUGCACUGCAGUUCAAAUUUCGAGUGCAUACUGUAAUUAACAUCGGUCCUCGAUAUGGGAGGGCAGAAAAGACAACAUGGCGGCGGAUACUAUGACUUUUCAGCCACUUGCACAACCUCGUACCCAGGUUCUCUAUCUUCGCUCCUACCUCGCUUGAAUUGAGACCCUGUUUUACUUGCAUGAGCACCUUAUUGAAGGACAUCUAGAGAUGUCAUUGUUAUAGUUAUUGAAAAAUUUAUUCGAGUAUGCUUUCAAAAUUGUGCGUUAGCGCUCGUAUUUGUGCAAAUAUGUUAUGUAUACAAAAAGUCUUCAUUUUUUGGUUUGAAAACAAUGAUGUAAUCAUUUUUAUUUAUAUAAAUGUUUAUAUAAUCGUGUUAAUUAAAAAUAUGGAUUCGUUUUGAAUUGCUACCAAGCAUGCAGGUGCGCCGAAAUUACAGUUUUCGACGUUGAGUUAACCUGGGUUAAAAAACUGAUGUGCUUCUUGCGUUGUUUUGAAUAUUAAUGAGGUGCAUGAGCUACGUAUAUUAUAUGUGUAUAAGCAGAAAAGUGAUGCUUUAAUUUUAAAACCUCGAAAUAAGGAAGUAGCUAAAGACCACAGGCCACAGCUAAGGCAAAUGAUGUGAAUUAUAGGCCUAACUGUACAGACUCAAGUAUUUUAAAUCUUUGAAGCGCGGUUCAACGUAUUGGAAAAAUGUAAGCAAAGAAUUUAUAAUAUUUUCUUAUAAUUAUACUGACCAUUUUAAUUAUAGUUUUAAUUUGCAAAACACGUAAUAUUGUCAGCAUGCUGAUCUACAUUACUGUAUUAAAAAGAGCACAUGUGUAAGUGUUUUUUUCUUGCUAUUACUGUCUGUGCUAUAAUUAUUAGUUGUUUCAUACAGUCUAUUGAUAAAAUAGGACAAGGUGAAAAAUAGCAAUAUAAAUCAAAUCCCUUAAGGCCCGUUUUAUACACUUGCAAUUUUUGCUGCGAUUUCUAUUGCGAUAUUCUCCUUCUGAUGGAUGUGAACGAGUAGAUGAGUUAUAAAUGUUCGGAGUACAUGUACCCUCAUCUGAAUAGUCAUAACUCAUCCACUCGUUCACAUCCAUCAGAAGAAGAGAAUCGCACCUAAAAUCGCAGCAAAAAUUGCAAGUGCAUGUAAACGAGCCUUUAGGUCCUGGAGUUAUAUGUCUCCUUCAUGACCAAGAUUUGUCUCCUAAUGUAAUACAAAUGUACUGGAUUUGCAACGUUGUUAGAUAUAUCACUGUUACAAUGUUUCCAAUGCUUCAGGUCUUCCGAUACUGUUCCCAGGGCAUAUAUAAAGGUUGUCCUUUGCAAACUUCAAACUCUAUAAGCGCGCAAAGCUUAUUAAUGGGAGCACAAGUUUCAAGCUUAGUAGUUGAAUAUUGCAGCUAUUUGUGAAUGAAUUUUUCUCGUAAGGAAAUAUUUACCAUAUCUCUAAAAAUUGGGCUCCAUAUAUGAUUUCUAAAAUGAUUAAAUGAUGUUCCCAUUAUACUUUGCACGCUUAAGAUUUAGGGUUUAAUUAAUUUCAUUUAAUAUUUCAUAUAGAUUAUAUAGGUUAAAUUUUAUCCUCACAUUGUAAUGUUAUUCUAUUUAUAUUAUUGUUUCUAUUAGCAUAAAAUGACAGUAUUUAUUAUGCCGCCGCCAUGUUUGUGUCCUUCACAUGGAGGGGCACAAAUAUAUAGCUGCUAUAAAAACGAAUGUUUUUAUAAUAAAAUAUUUUUGUGACAGUUCAGCUAUAGAAACACGUUAAUCCGGGAUUUCACAAAAUGAACCACUGCAUGGAUCGACACCAAACUUUGCAAAGGAAUUGAUGAUUCCCUUGUCUAGAAGAUUUAAUAAGAAUAGCUUUAUAUAGGAUUAAUGGUUAAGAUUUUAGAAUUUUGAUGAUGUCAGAUGAAAACAAAGAAUAUAAAUUUGCGCAUGUACUAGAACCUUACAAUGUCUUACAGUACAUUUUGUCCGUUUAUUUUAGACUAUAUCCCACACCUUGUGGUCCAAUAAACUCAGUCAAUCCUGACACGCCAUCAACUGCAUCGCAGCAACAAGGCUCUGAUAGGACACAUCGGAUAAAUGUUAAGAUAUAG